AUGAUCCAAUUCCCAAUCAUCUCGUUCGACUAUUUCCAGCCAAGUCCGGCCAAGAAAUUCAUCGGUUUAACAGAACACCCUGGAGUGCUUGGCGGUCAAGUAAACAUCUUCGACGAACUCAAGCCGAUCCACCCCGACGAGCUGAUGGGCGAAUGGGAUGGGUAUAUCCUGACCACGGGACACCCCUUCGAAGACGAACUGGAGACACUCAAUUGGUUCGGUAACACAUUUGAUUCUACGGACGACGUGGCUCCGCUGAUUGUUGCGCGGAAUGUUACGUGA